GCCCUGCCUCCUUCGCCCUCCUCCCUCCCCCGGGAUAAAGCGGCGGCCCGGGCGCCGCGGCCGGUCUCUCCCAAGCCGGUCCGGUCGGGUUAUUAUGGCAGCGCUUGGAGCCCUAGUGAAGAAAGUGUGGAGUAUCCGCCGCUAUCUGGUGCUGCUCUGCACCCCGCUGGUGCUGCUGCCUGUCCUCUUCAGCCUGCCCCCCAAGGAAGGAAAAUGCCUCUACGUAAUUCUGUUGAUGGCCAUAUACUGGUGCACCGAAGCUCUGCCCUUGUCUGUGACCGCUCUACUACCCAUAAUUCUCUUCCCCUUCCUCAGUGUCCUCCCAGCCAGCAAAGUUUGCCCGCAGUAUUUUUUAGAAACCAACUUCCUCUUCUUGAGUGGCUUGAUCAUGGCGGCUGCCAUUGAAGAGUGGAAUCUGCAUCGUAGGAUUGCACUGAGAAUCCUUAUGUUGGUGGGAGUCCAGCCAGCCAGGCUUAUUUUAGGAAUGAUGCUAACAACUUCCUUCCUGUCCAUGUGGCUGAGUAACACAGCCUCCACCGCUAUGAUGCUACCCAUUGCAAUGGCUGUUCUGAAGAGCCUCUUUGGAGACAAGGAAACAUAUCAGGACCUCAAGAGGCAAAAUGAGGAAAGCCAAGCCUCUGUACAUCAGAACAAACUCCACACAGUGCCAACUGAGAUGCAGCUUCUAGCAAAUGUUGAUGAAAAAGACUUGACGGAGGAGAAGGAAGUCACAAUUGAAGUUUCCUCAGACAUACAGAAGGAGGAAGAGCACAAGAAGAAUGUAUGGAAAGGCUUCCUCAUUUCGAUCCCUUAUGCAGCCAGUAUUGGUGGAACAGCGACGCUGACAGGAACUGCCCCAAAUCUCAUUCUUUCAGGACAACUCAAAAGCUUUUUUCCAGGGUGUGACGUUGUGAAUUUUGGCUCUUGGUUUGUGUUUGCCUUUCCCUUAAUGCUGAUGUUCCUUCUUUUCGGAUGGCUCUGGAUCUCAUUCCUUUAUGGAUGCAUUAGCUUGAGCUGGAGAAAAAAGAAAUCGGAGAUCAGAGCUGAUGCAGAAGCCAGAGCCAGGACAGUGAUAAGGGAUGAUUAUCGGAAGCUGGGACCAAUAAAGUUUGCUGAACAGGCAGUAUUUGUACUUUUCUGCUUAUUCGCAAUCCUGCUAUUCUCCAGAGACCCUAAGUUCAUCCCGGGCUGGGCAAGCUUGUUCACACCAGGGUUUGUCACCGAUGCUGUUACUGGAGUCACAAUAGUGACAAUAUUGUUCUUCUUCCCGUCGAAAAGGCCGUCCCUUAAAUGGUGGUUUGACUUGAAAGCGUCAAACACAGAGAACCAGCCCUUGCUGACUUGGAGAAAAGCCCAGGAAAGUGUACCAUGGAAUAUAAUCCUAUUGCUUGGAGGAGGUUUUGCCAUGGCAAAAGGAUGUGAGGAGUCUGGCUUGUCUGUCUGGAUUGGAGGCCAGCUUGAUCCCCUGGAGAACCUCCCUCCUGCUGUAGCUGUUAUUCUCAUUACGGCAGUGAUCGCGUUAUUCACAGAAUUUGCAAGUAACACAGCCACAAUCAUAAUCUUCCUGCCUGUCCUGGCAGAACUGGCCAUUCGUCUGAAAGUGCAUCCCCUCUACUUAAUGAUACCAGGAACCAUAGGAUGCUCAUUUGCUUUCAUGCUUCCAGUCUCUACACCCCCAAAUUCAAUUGCCUUUGCUUCUGGGCACUUACUGGUUAAAGAUAUGGCAAGGACGGGUCUGCUUAUGAAUCUGAUGGGAGUUUUGUUUCUGAGUCUGGCUAUCAACACUUGGGCCACGAGCAUCUUUCAGCUGGGCAGCUUCCCUGACUGGGCCAACAUCCAUUCAGAAAACACGACCCUGCUGGUGGAUGUGCAGAACGUCACUCUAAACUCAAUGAGUAAAUUAUGAACAGGACAACCUUGUUGUGGGAGGAGCGCUCCCCCUUCAAAUUUGGGCACUGAAUUAGACCUACAGCAAGUACAAGAACGCACAGGUGAUGGCGUCGUUGAUGCCCCUCCUUAUACAGGACUGCCAUGUUCCUUUUAUGUUUGUUUUUAUAAAUAUUCGUGAGUACUCACUGGAUAAUUAUUUUGUGCCUUGGAAUAGUCUCUCCACUUUCAUGCCAAAACCUCCCAUCAGGCAGUUCUUAGGUAGGUUUAGACCUUAGUGCUGCAUUGAAUUCCACCCUUUGAGUGUGAAUCCUAGGACACUGUGUGUAAAUAAACAGUGACUGUGAACUGCAAGCCCUCUGCAAGUAGCUGCAGCGGAUUCUGUGAAAAACUGCCAAGUCAGGAACAUUAUUAGUACACAUAUUAUACCCAAUCAGAUCAUAUCCAUUAUCCAAAUGUCAUGUCUUGUUAGACCUUGUACAGCCAUGAUCCUAAAAUCUGCCUAUAGUGGUCUGUAGCCCGACUACGCACACAAAAUGCCCCUAUAGCCAGUGGAAUAUUGGAAGAUGCCUUAUACUGAGUGAGAAUGAGAGAGAGAUACCUCAGUAUAAUCUGUCUGCUGCUGUAUUGUCUCACAGGCAGCAGCUCCCUGGGGUCUUAGUCAAGGUCUUUCUCAGUCGUAGGUGGAGAUGCUGGAGUUUGUACAGGGUACCAUUUGCAUGCAGUGAUAAACCAAAAGAAAGAGAUCCGUCAAUAAGACAUACAAAAUAUUCAGGUCAUGGACCAAGGAAUGAAUGACAAGAAGAAUAAAUUAGUAAUGAAAUUCACAUAUAAGGAUACAAAACAAUAUGAAACUAUGUUUCAAUGGAAUAAAUAACCAAUGUAAAACCUGAAUAUAAGCAGAAGCAAUAAACCACCCAGAUAUCAGUGAUAAACAAUCCCAAAUGCAUAUGUUGUAGAAUACUACCUAAUCCAAAUACUAUAUAGCAGUAGAACUGCAGGUGAAUGAUGAAAAUUCACUGGGAUGAAGGCAGAAUUUUUAACCAUGGCUGUAGCAGAUCCUUCCCCGGCACUGUGAUCCAAGCUUAUAAGCUUGCCUCAUUUUAAAGUGGUACAUAUGUUUAGACCUAUCUGUAUUCAUUCUACAGCUUACAAAAAACGAAUUAAGAACAGUGGGAAUGACUACUCCAGAGACUGGCAGGAGAAGUAUAUUGGUGACAACACAGGUGCUAGCCAGUAGGUGCUUUCCAUAAGUAGCUUUGCCUAUGUUCAGAACCAAACCAAACCAAACCAAAUAUACAAACUUGGCUUUUCAGAGGUCAUUCUGGGACAGAAAGACGUGUGUUCACAUUGCCCAUAGGAGGACACUUCUAUACUGACACCGCCGCUCUUAAAUGUUACAUCUGUCUUCAUCCUGAGUGAGCUUAAUCUUUCACUCUAAGGCAGCUCGCCAUCUAGCAGCCAAAACAAAUGGAAAGGGUUGUGACCUACCUCACAGGGUUGUUGUGAGGAUGAGUGAUAUAAUGGUGGUAGAAGUUUGAAGGGUUGUAGAAGUGAUAAAUGCAAGUCACUCAGCUGCUGAUGCUGACUUGAGAAUUGUGGAUAAGUGGUGCGAAUGUGCACCCUUAGCUGUGUGAAAUAUGUCUCUCUGUAUUGGUCUUAACUAGGCAAACCUUAAAAGUCUAAACUGUGGAGACUGGCAUGCCAACAAGAGAUGUGCUAACUUAGUCGACAUUUCCAGAGGAUUAUUAUUGUUGGGAUUUAAGGGGGGGAGGGGUUGAUUCUUUGAUUUCUUUUUAUAUAAAACUGAUUAUUUGGGUACUUUCAAUGAAAGUGUUUGUAAAUGGACAGUGAUUCUAAUCACCUCUGUAAUGCAAAUUCUACCUUUUGACGCUGUGUGUGUGUGUUUGUAAGAAAUGGACAUAUUGUUAAUGAAAUAUCACUGCUGAAAGCAUGUUUUGAAAGAUACAACACUGGAAGUUGCGUUGGGCCUGGGGAGGAGGCUUAAAAGCGAAUUCUUGAUGUGAUGCAGAAGGAAAGAUUCAGUGGCUUUGUAAUUCUGCUGCCCUGCCUUAUUCAGGAUCUGUUCCUGGACCACAGCUGGUGAAUACAGCCAUUAGAUCUA